AUGGCUAUCAGUCUAGAACCUUUACCCCAAUACCAAAUACAUUUACUCCAAACUAAAAAUCAAACCAUUGAAACAAUAAUCUUCACUGAAGGCAUUCCGUAUGAAGGUGGUUAUGUUUUGGAUGGGGAUUACAGUAACUUUGAUGUAAAAUCAUUAAAAAAUGGUUAA